GAAAAAUGACACACACAGCCUGUUACGGAGGAAGGAAGGACAGUGCGCUGCGAUGAAGGCUACCGUUGGUUUUGUUGUUUCGCGUUCCGAGGCGAGUGUCACGGCGUGUCCUCGUGGUGAACGGUAUCGUGCGAACGUUACGUGUGCCGGGACGAGCGAGUAAAGCGCUCGUGCGAUCUCGCGCAUCGAGAAGACCCGAAUGUUGAGCUAUGCCGUGUGUGUCAUUGACUCAGGACGGAGUGUCAAAAUGGUGAUACGAGCCCGCUUUUUCCACGAUAAGUAAUAAUUAAACGCUCCCGGGAGCGACGUUCCGUCGACCGGCGGUCUCGUACAACGUUUGCCGACUUUGUCCUGCGACGAAGGGACGCGCGCGAGUGAGAACACAAAAGCUGUAUAUAUUUUGAUACUAAGUGCUGAAUAACGCUCGUAAGAUUCGAAUUCGGAGUUACACGAUUAUCCCAAUUGGCAUUGAGGACGCUAUUGGGGGGACGAUGAUCCGACAUCCAAGAUGUGUUUAAUCAAACUUACUCAUUAGUGAUUGUAUGUUCGCCGAGGUUAGAGAGUGAUGCCGGUUCAUCAGAUCAAUGUCAAUCCGCCUGACUGGCAACCACCUCUGUCACUUGGACCUUCCAGUAACACUAGCCCUGCUGGCGGGGAAGGCUUACCAGAAUGGACACCACGGGAAUCGGGUUACGCCACGGUAGUCACCAUUAUACCAGACCAUUGUCACUCAUCAGUAAGCACAUUGUCCUCAAGUAACCAUGAUAUUUGCAGGAUUUGUCAUUGCGAAGGCGAGGAAGGUGCCCCUUUGUUGGCACCUUGUUAUUGCAGCGGCAGCUUGCGCUACGUACAUCAGGCGUGUCUUCAGCAAUGGAUAAAGGCUUCGGAUACGCGCGCUUGUGAAUUAUGCAAGUUCACGUUCAUUAUGCAUGCCAAGACAAAGCCGUUUUGCGAGUGGGAGAAGCUGGAGAUGUCCGCGCUGGAGGUGAGAAAGUUAUGGUGCGCCGUCGCUUUUCACGCCGUCGCCGCGCUCUGCGUGGCGUGGUCGUUGUACGUGCUGGUCGAGCGUUCGGUGGAGGAGGCUCGACGCGGCUUCGUCGACUGGUCCUUCUGGACGAAACUGAUAGUCGUCGUGAUCGGCUCCACCGGCGGAUUAGUUUUUAUGUACAUUCAAUGCAAAGCGUACAUUACAUUGUGCAGGAAGUGGCGAGCGUUUAAUAGAGUAAUAUUUAUUCAAAAUGCUCCCGAAAAAGUGGUGCUUCCUCCUUCACCUACGGACUCUUUGAGAGAGGUGACGUUACCUUUGAAGGACCCGACUGCCUCGAUGCCCGAGCUCAAUCGCACUCUGUUACCCCGUACGAUAGAUCCUCCAUGUGCCUCGCAGCAGAUGGCGAAGCCCGAUUCCGCCGCGCCGCCGCAGAGGCACGACGCUCAACUAAAACUUUACGUAUUCGACAAGUUGUCCUCGUCCGAAGACAACCUAUAAUACAUACACACGCAUACACACCUUGGAGACGCGGCGAGACGGCCGCGGAUCGCCGUUGAGAAUGAAGAAAAGAACGAGAAGAAGAGGAAGAAAGAGGAGGAGAGGGGUGAUUAGCCAAAUUUUCAGUUCGAAGUAAGCGCGCGGGCGUGUCUGGACAGAACUGAUGGUGAUUUUAGACUACGUAUAAUUACGAUUUCGAAACUCGGAAACGGGGAAGAUCACAUCCUCGUCGCGAAGUCGUCGAAUAUCCGCCCUUAAACGAAACAAAGCACCUUUUUCCGAAACUUAGUUGACUUCAUCAGUGCUUACAGUGUUGACAAGUGGGGUAGGCAAGAAGUGUACAGUCAGAACACAGCUGGCGCUUUCUCAGACAAUUAUGUACAUAAUUAUUGUAUCUGUGAUGUUAUUAAAUAAACUUUACCAUAUUUAAACAA